UGUUGAUCGUCUUGGUCUUGGUUUAAGAAACAGUUAAAUAACUCUUGUGUUUUUGAAAUCUUGACUUUGAUCAGGUUUUUGAGUUGGUUUUAAUCAAACAGGAAAUGCAUGGUUGGUUAGAUUAGUUUUGGUUACUCUGGAGUUCAGUCUCAAAACCUUGUUGGAUUCUCUAUUUCUCUUUGGACUUCAGUUUUAAGGGCUUUUGAAAUUAUUCGUUAGGUUUCAUUUUACUUGAUGAUUGGACUUCCGUCUUGUAGUUGACUUUCUCCGUUUUUCUUUGUGCUUCGGUUUUUAGGCGUUUUGAAAUUAUUCGUUAGGUUUUUUUUUACUUGAUUGGACCUUCGUCUUGUAGUUAACUUCCUUUUCGUGGCUUUACCAUUUUGUAUGUUUGUGUAUUUUUUCUUCUCUCUUUUCUGAAUGAAAAUCAAAUUUCUUAAACAAAAAAGAAACGAUUGUGGAUUCAGAUUGUUUUGACCUCGAGUAGAGAUGUGUAAUUUAUUGAUUCUUGAUGAACCCUUCGUGUAUAUAUAAAGCAUUUCUUGGUGACCCUUUGUAUAUGUAUAGCAUUUCUUGAAUCUAUGCAAUAGUACAAACUUGACAUGGAUGACAAACAUUGUCACUGGAGCCAAUGGCAACUGCUCGAUUCUAUCCUUCCAACUGGUGGCUUCGCUCAUUCAUUCGGCCUUGAGGCUGCAAUACAAGCUCAAAUCGUCUCAAGUCCAGAAGAUCUCAAAACUUUUGUGAUCCAUUUAUUGGACAACACUGGAAGUUUGUUUCUUCCCUUUGUUUAUUCAGCCACACUAUCACCUGAUUUUGAAACCUGGAAGAAAAACGACAGGUUAUUGGAUGCAAUAUUAACUAAUGAAGUUAGUCGAAAGGCAUCUGUUACGCAAGGGUCAGCACUCAUGAGAGUUUCAGCAAUUGUGUUUUCCGAAAUCUCAUCUCUGAAAGCAAUGAGGGAGCACUUGUACGGGACUGGGACUGUGUCGUUCCACCAUGCUCCUAUCUUCGGGCUAAUCUGCGGUCUACUUGGAUGGGAUGGCACAAUGUCACAAAGAGCAUAUCUCUUUAUUACCUUGAGAGAUGUUAUUUCUGCUGCAACGAGAUUGAAUUUAGUAGGACCUUUGGGUGCAGCUGUGUUGCAACAUCAGCUUGCACAAGUUGCUGAAAACGUAUUGAAGAGAUGGAUGAACCGUCCUGUUGAAGAAGCUUGCCAAGCGGUUCCUUUGUUAGAGACGGUACAGGGAUGCCAUUCGUACCUGUUUUCUAGAAUGUUUUGUUCUUGAAAAGUUUUUCAAGUGAAAACUGCAUCUUUCUUUUGAUUUUGGGUAUUGGAGUCCCCUUCUUUCAUGUUCUCUGCUUGAAAAUGGUUGUGGAUUAUGAGAUAAUAGUGGCAAUGUUGAAAUUCUCUUACUCACAUAUAUGCAUUUCAUUUUGUAUGGCACUCCAUGUUUUUGUUCCAUCGAAGACUUUGUUUGUCUAUGGCCAUGAUUCAAUAUCAAGUAAAUGUAAAUAGAGUUUUUUAAGUA